AUGGAGUCUACCUCGUCCCAGCCAAAGAUGGUCCAGACAGUGCUGAACUUUGGCUCUUCUCGCUCCCAGGGCAAAGAUACACCCCAGAUCAUCAGAAGGGACCCUGAUACCACCAGCACUAAGGAUACCCUGGGCCGUGAUAGCGGCAUGGACUACGAGAUGGAGCUUGACAGCGAGAGCAAGCUGGACAGCCAGACCAGCCUUGGGUCUACCGACUGGCCACCCUCUCAGUCGACAGGAGCAGCAGUGCCGUCACAGUCUCCGGCACAAAAUGCAAUGCAGAGACGGAAGAUACUGCGGUGCAUCGCCGGAGAGACGAGCACUUUCUUGCCUGGCAUCCUAGAGAUGGCUCCCUGGGCACCGCCAAACGGAUAUCUCUACUCUCCGAACAAGGUCUCGGAGAUACAUCCAAAGUACUGUCCGCGCUUCAGCAAGACUUCCAUCCGCGUACUCAACGCAGACACUCUAGACACAGCCAUCGCCCUGGCUAACUGCGCGCAGUACGUCACUGUGCGGGACAAGAAGCCAGUCUGUGUUUUGAACAUGGCAAACGCCUACAGUGCCGGAGGAGGGUGGAAGAACGGGGCCCUCGCGCAGGAAGAAACACUCUGCUAUCGAACCAGCCUCAGCUUCACGCUUAAACUGAGAUUUUACCCCCUCGACGAGCUGCAGGUGAUAUACUCGCCCACGGUCCUGGUCAUACGCAAGAGCAUAGAUGACGGACACGGCCUCUUGUCAUUCAACAAGCCUGAGAAACUACCAGUCGUAAGCGUCGUCAGUGUGGCGGCCCUGUGCGAACCCAAGGUAGCUGUCAAGAAGAUACCGGUUCCAAACUCGUCUGAUGCCCGAGUUGAAGAGGUAUUCAGGGAUGUUGCCGAUCGCGACAUGACCAAGGACAAGAUACGCAUGUUGUUUAGCGACCGAUAUAAGCCUAGCAUGAAACUGGUUUUACAAGCAAAGAGAGAUAAAAGAUUAGUAUAA